AUGGCCACCUCACGUUUCUCCGGCUACAUUCCAAGGCCAGCCAGCCGCAGUAGCUUCACCAGUUUCCGGAAGCUCCACAAAACCUCUUUCUUCCCCUCUCUCCCCAAACAAACAAUCAGAAUCCAAAAUAUACCACCACUUAAAACUACUGCCCCGAAAAAGUACAAAUGGGUGGUUAGAUUAAGCAGCACAGUUGAAGAACAAAGCCCGCCAAAACCCUCUACUGUUGACGUGCAGAAAUUGGUGGAUUUCUUGUACGAGGAUCUUCCACACCUCUUUGAUGAUCAGGGGAUUGAUCGCACGGCUUAUGACGAACGGGUCAAGUUUAGAGACCCCAUCACCAAGCAUGAUACCAUAAGUGGCUACCUUUUUAAUAUUUCCAUGUUGAGGAAGCUCUUCAACCCUGAUUUUCAGUUGCAUUGGGCCAAACAGACAGGACCUUAUGAAAUUACUACAAGGUGGACUAUGGUGAUGAAGUUCAUUCUCUUGCCUUGGAAACCUGAAUUAGUCUUCACAGGUACUUCUGUUAUGGGAAUCAAUCCAGAAACUAAGAAAUUCUGCAGUCAUGUGGAUUAUUGGGAUUCCAUAGAGAACAAUGAGUACUUUUCUAUGGAGGGACUACGAGAUGUGGUAAAGCAGCUGCGGAUUUACAAGACUCCGGACUUGGAAACACCAAAAUAUCAAAUACUGAAAAGAACUGCAAAUUAUGAGGUGAGAAAGUACGACCCGUUUAUUGUCGUAGAAACAGAUGGGGACAAGCUGUCUGGUUCACGUGGUUUCAAUUCAGUUGCUGGGUACAUAUUUGGAAAGAAUUCGGCGGAGGAGAAGAUACCAAUGACAACUCCCGUGUUCACUCAGGCAUUUGACCCUGAAAUCUCCGAAGUGUCCGUUCAGAUAAUUCUUCCAUCAGAAAAGGAUUUAAACAGUUUACCGGCCCCAAAUCAAGCAGAAAUUAGCUUGAGAAAGGUGGAAGGAGGUAUAGCUGCAGUGUCGAAAUUCAGUGGAAAACCAACUGAGGAUAUUACUCGAGAAAAGGAGAAAGAAUUGAGAUAUAUACUAAUCAAAGACGGUUUCACACCUAAAGUGGGUUGCUUGUUAGCGCGCUACAAUGACCCUGGUCGGACUAAAAGCUUCAUAAUGAGGAAUGAAGUGCUUAUAUGGCUUGAAGAGUUUUCAUUGGAUUGA